AUGAACGGCACGAAUUGCCCGCCUGCGGCCGGCAAACUGCUCGUGGACGGACAGGACGCGCGGACGAAGCAGGAGAUCCUCCAGAUGAUCGUCCAGUACCUGCACGACGAGGGCUACACUGCGGCGGUGAGCCUGCGCGCCUCUCCCGCCCCAAGCCUCCGAGGCUUGCAAUUCCUGAGGCUGUCCCACGCCUCGACCGCUGCUCCGCUCGCCGCCACGCCGGACGAGGCCAACGUGCGCUCGCUCGAUGCGCAGCGCGCGCGGACGGCGGUGCGGCGGCUCCGGCGCGCGGUGCUCGACGGCGAUUGGCCCGAGAUGGAGAAGCUCGUGCCCCGUGCCAUCGCCGGCACGUGCGAGCAGAAGGCCUGCCUAGACGCCUUUCUCGAGCUGCUGGACGGAGGCGAGCAGCACAAGGCGUUCACGCAGCUGACGAAGCGGCUCAAGCCACUCGAGAGCUGCGCGCCGUCGCCCGCAGAGUUCCGCGACCUCUGCUACCUCCUCACCUGCCGCUCCGUGCACGAGGUGUGGGCAGACGCCGGGCGCGGCGUGCGCGGGAUGUCGCGAGUCCUGACUGCUGACUGA